GGAAAGAGAGCGGAACUAGUUUGUCCCUCUUCGUUCUCCGUAAGAAAACCUGAACGGAGAGGGUCGUAGAUAUGGCGGUCGUUAGGAUGGGAAAACUUACAGCUACUCCUGUGGGUCUGAUAUAUGCAUCUGUGAGUGUGCAUGCAGCCAAAGAAGAGGAAUCCAAAAAGCAUCUAGUGAGACCGGAGCAGCUCCCUAUAUAUGCUGCACCACCUCUCCAAUCUAAAUAUGUUGAAGAGCAGCCUGGUCAUUUACAAAUGGGCUUUGCAUCCAUCCGUGCUAGAGCUGGUCGUUACAUUGGCUGGUGCAAGAGUGUUUAUGUCUUUGUGAAAAAUGGGAUAACAGAUACAGUGCAAUUUGGAAAAGAUGCAUAUGUGUAUCUGAAGAAUCCUCCCCGAGAUUUUCUUCCAAAAAUUGGAGUGAUUACAGCUUCAGGAUUGGCAGGCGUGAUUUCAGCAAGAAAAGGUUCCAGAUUUAAGAAAAUUGCUUAUCCAUUGGGAAUGACCGCUUUAGGAGCAACUGUUUGCUACCCAGUUCAAUCAGUAAUAAUUGCAAAGGUAACUGGGAAAAAGGCAUAUGCUACAAGCCAGCAAUUUUAUGAAGCACUUAAAACAUGGUGGACAAAAACAGAUAAAAAAGAGUCAUUGCCAGAAGCUAAAGUAAAAGCUAAGCUGGAAAGGUCGGCCGAGACAGAAGCACCUGGAAAAACAACUCAUGUCCUGAAACACUCAGUGCCUUUGUCAGGAGAACUUACUUCUGAAACCAAAACCAAAACAGACUUCACCUCAGGUGCUACGCAGUUUGUGCCUGACCCCAAACUCAUGGAUCACGGGCAGUCCCAUCCAGAAGACGUAGAUCUGUACAGCACUAGAAGCUGAAAUAAACUGCAGAGAGAAUGAGCAGAAGUGUGAUGGUGCAAAGAAUGAUGAAAAUCAUGCCAUGUGUAACUGACGCAUCCAGAGAAACAAAUCAAGUUAUUCCCUUAGAUCUUCAAAUGCAGUUUGGCUUGUCACAUCAGUGAUGAAAACACAAACCAUGAGUGUAAUCCCAGUAUCAGUUGAUCAAUGAGCAAGCCACGAUGCUGGGCUACAGUUGAUAACUUUGAAAGGUGUUUAUCAAGAAGCAAAACCAAAUGCAGAGAUGACCACUAGUGAAACUAAAAUCUGAAAAGCCGUACGUGCAUUUAUAUACGUGUGUGUCUACUCUAGCUUUUCUAAGUUAGUAUCAGUUAAAUUAGAGCGCUUUGUGGAGAGAUGUAUUCUCACCUGUUCUGUUUUUUAUCUCCCAGCACUGGAAUAAAAUAGCAAUAUUUUGUGGCA